GUUAGUGCAUCAGCGAGCAUGUGCGCACGUCAUUACUUAGCUUGUUAUAUUUCUGUCACGGUUAUUACAAUUAUCAAUGUAUCGAGUAAAACUAUAUUUUUGGAACUGAAUGGUCCAACGAGUGAAGAGCUAUUAUUCCUGAGAAAGUAUGGCUACGCACCAGAGCCCUCAGGGGACUUAGACUUUGCGUACACACCUCAUUCGAUAUCGGAGGCUGUACGCAAGAUGCAAGCGUUUGCUGGUCUCCCACAAACUGGUGAAGUGGAUUACGCUACAAAACAACUUUUCAAGAAAAAGCGCUGUGGCGUCAAAGAUAUAGAUAACAGCAUAAAGACAAGAAGUCGUAGAUACAUACUGCAGCAGGGAUGGACGAAAAAGAUCAUCACUUACAGGGUGAUCAACGGCUCCAGUACUCUCCCCAAGCACAGAGUAGAAGCGCUGAUGGAGGAAGGAUUAGCGGUGUGGGCACCUCACGGAGGCUUACAGUUCAUACCGGUGCAAGAUCGUCGUGCUGACAUCGAGGUAUAUUUCGGAAAGGAGAACCAUGGCGACGACUUUCCCUUCGACGGACCGGGCCACGUGGUUGCGCACGCGUUCCCCCCACCUAACGGGGCGAUGCACUUCGACGACGACGAAAUCUGGGGUGAGGGGCACGACGGCGAGGCGGAUGACGUCACCGACUUCUUCGCCGUGGCCGUGCACGAGAUCGGCCACGCGCUCGGACUGUCGCACUCCAACGUAAAGGCCUCCGUCAUGUACCCCUACUACCAAGUGCCGGUGGAGAAACUCCACAUCGACGACAUAUUGGGGAUGCAGGAGCUUUAUAUGAAGGACGAAGUAGUAGAGGAGACGGAGAGCCCGGCGGCGGCGGCGCGCGGCUCGUCGCUGGCGCCGCGCUUCACCAAGGCCGCCAGUGAGGAGCUCGAAGACAACGAGAUCCCCGACCUGUGCUACACCAACUACGACACGCUGCAGGCCAUACAGGGCAAGCUUUUCGUCUUCGAGGAGGAGUGGAUGUGGAUCAUCAAGGACAAAGUGAUUCAAGAAGGAUUUCCGAGAAGAUUCCACGAUGUGUUCAAAGGGUUGCCCGAGAGAAUAAACAUUAUCAAAACUAUUUACGAAAAGCAGAAUGGGAAUAUAGUUAUAUUUUCAGGUAAAAGAUACUGGGAGUUCGAUGCCACAUUCCGCCUAAUCAAGGUGGGCAGACUGACAGACUACGGCUUACCACGCAGAGUUCCGGAACUGACCACCGUGUUCCUGUCCAACUACAAUAAUAAGACUUACCUCAUCGAGUACGAGUGGUUCUGGCGGUACGACGAGGCCGCGCGCCGCAUGGACGUCGGCUACCCGAAGGAGAUGUCGGCUUGGCGACAGGUGCCCUACCCGGUCGACGCGGCGAUUAUUUGGAAAGGAGACACGUUUUUCUUCCGAGGCCCACGGUUCUGGCGGUUCGACAACGCGUUGGUGCAGGCGCACGAGUACUACCCGGUGCCUACUGCGCAGGCCUGGUUCCCGUGCGGGAACUCCCCGGACAUGGCUCAUUACUUCACCAACGAUGAGCCUUAGACACUAACCGCCUUUAUUACGAAACGUUUACUAAAGUUAAACCACCCGUCACCCUUUUUUGCUAAAGAUAAUACAAAGACUAUUUAGUUUUAAUUAUAAACCACGUCUUACUUUAGUUCACGUUUUGUAAAAAGAUGGUAAUUGUGUUAAGUAAUAAUGAUUUUAAAUUAAAGGUAUUAAAAAAGAG